CACAGAACCGCGCAUGCGCGGCAGCCGUGUUAGUGAGACGGCUCUGAUGCAGCCAAGUUGCAUAGAAGAGUGAGUUGCGGCAGGUGCAGCUGUCAUGGAAUAAGGAAGAAAUCUGCACCUACUGAAAUUAUCUCUUUUACCAAGUAUCCCAGCUUCAGUGUUUCAACAUGGAGCCCCGGCAGCCUGUGCCUUCGCAGCCCGAACAGAAUUUUGUCCGAGAUGCCAAGCAGAACAUGGCUGAGCUCUCUCUGUGGACGGUGGUGGCUGCAAUCCAAGCCGUGGAGAGGAAGGUGGAUUCUCACGCCACACGGCUGCUGAACCUGGAGCGGCGGAUGGUGACCAACGAAAAGAAAUACGUGGACUGUGAGAAUGCCGUGGUGGACUUUGGCAACCAGAUGGAGUGCAAGUUGACUGCUCUGGGGACGCUGAUCCAGGAGUACGGGCUGCUGCAGAGGAGGCUAGAGAACAUGGAGAACCUGCUGAAGAAUCAGAACUUCUGGAUCCUGAGGCUCCCUCCAGGCUCCAAAGGGGAAACCCCCAAGGUGCCGGUGACCUUUGAGGACAACUCCGUCUACUUCUCAGAGCAGGAAUGGGGGAACCUGGAUGAAUGGCAGAAGGACCUCUACAAGAACAUGAUGAAGAGCAACUACGAGUCAUUGGUCUCACUGGACUAUGCAAUUGCUAAGCCUGACCUUCUGUCCCGGAUUGAGCAAGGUGAACGUCCCUGUGCAGAGGAAGAGGAGGUCGCUAAGGAGAAAGAGAUUUCUUCGGAGCCCAGCCCAGAAGCCUUGGUUUUUAGGCCUGGCCUGGCCUGCCAGAUGGAAGGGAGAGAAAAUCCACAUGUCAUUGGAGACCAGGAGAAAGCAGAAGGAAGGGCAGCCCCGAGCGACCACAGCGUUGACUAUGGGGCUGCCGGAUCCUCCUUUGGCUCUCCAGGGAAGCGGGAGCAGGAGGUGAACCUCGAGGGCCCAGAGGGGACGGAGGAAGGAGAGCUGCGCCUCAAGCCUCGCGCUGACCUUCCGACGGACAAGGCGUCGAUUGAAGCCAAGCGAGAUCCCCGAGUCCUUGAGCCGUGGGUGCCCGAGACGUCUGGGGAGAGCGCCUUCGGGGAGAAGAGCCCCCCUCGCCCAGCUGUGUGGCUGGGGAGCCUCCCGGGGGAGCCCAAGGGGUUCAGCCCCGUUGGACUUGCCCUGGCCGAGUGGCCGAAACACAGCGGCGAAGCCAAGUCUCACCCGUGUCCAGACUGCGGGAAGAGCUACGGGUUCCCAGGAGUCUUGGAGGACCACCGGCGCAGCCGCUGCAGCCUCGCCCCCUCUCCGGGAUGCCUCCCGCUGUCGCCCUCGGGCAAUGGGAGCCUCCCGAGGCCUGGGCUGGGCUGCCAAGGAGAGGCAGGGAGCACCAAGUCCCUUCCUCCUCUCCCUGCCCCACCCGGGGAGAAGGCCUGGGUGUGCCCCUGGUGCCAGCAGCGCUUCCGGUUACAGGUGAACCUUCUGAUCCACCAGAGCAGCCACCUGGAGGCAGGAGGCGAGCUGGGCGGGCAGGACCGGCUGGCGUGCCGCUUCUGCCCGCGCCGCUUCGGGCGCUCCGACCACCUCCUGCGCCACCAGAUGAGCCACACGGGCGCUCGGCCCUACCAGUGCCCCUCGUGCGAGAAGAGCUUCACGGACAAGAGCAAGCUGACCAACCACUACCGCACGCACACCGGCGAGCGCCCCUUCCGCUGCGCGGCCUGCGGCAAGAGCUUCAUCCGGCGCCACCACCUGGCCAAGCACCAGCGCACCCACACCCGCGAGAGGCCGCACCAGUGCCACGUCUGCCUGAAGGGCUUCAUGCAGAAGCACCACCUGCAGAAGCACAUCCGCACCCACACCGGGGAGAAGCCCUACCGCUGCAGCCAGUGCCCCAAGGCCUUCUCCUCCCAGCAGCGGCUGCUGCUCCACUGCUGCGCCCCGGCGCAGGUGGCGGCAGCGGCGGAGGCUGCGGCAGGAGGCUCGGCUGCCUCCCCCGCCCUCCUCUCGAAACACUGAUGUACCUACCUCCUGCGCCGUUCACAAGGCCGAUCUUCCGCUCUCCCGCCUUCAGAAGGGGCGUGGGGAGAAGCGCCCUCGAUGCCGCCAGCUUGCUCAAGAGAUCCCUCGCUGGACCUCGGCUCCCCUGCAAGCCUUGGCAGCGGAGGGUGCGUUGCAGGGCCUGAGCUGGCAUAGCAAGGGGGGCUUUGCAGGACAGCAGCUCCUCUGCGUCUUCAAUGUAAAUGGUAAAUCACAUCAGGGUGGAGUUUCCCUGAUGAGGACUUUGGUCAUUGUGGUGCUAACAUGUGCUUAGAAGGGGAGAAGGAAGUUACGAAUGAAUGUAAGUAUUAAGAAGUCUUAAAGGUGGCUGCUAAUGCCAUCUUUUCUUUUUGUUUCCGAGGCAAUAGCUGCUUUUGGACUACAACUCCCAUCAUCCCUAGCUAGCAGGGCCCCAGUGGUCAGGGAUGGUGGGAACCAGUCCAAAAAAGCAGCUGGAGAUCCAAGUUUGGCAAACCCAAACUAGGCCCUGGCAGGUGGUCGUGUCCAAAAGAGGGAGGGGGGAUUAAGAUCUGGGGGAAAUUUGCUGUAAAAUAUUAAAAUGGUGAAUAAGUCAGCCUGGUUACGUAAGCCUGGAACAGUGGAGAACAGGACUCGGUUUGUGUCUCACUGCGUUUAAAAGAUUGUUGGGGGGGUUUCAAACUCUUAACCGCAGCUGGAAUGGCCAGGUGACCUCUGAAGCCACACACAAGCCCAGCGAAGCGAAGCUCCUUCGUCUCUUUUCCAGAUGUGCAAGAGGUUCGCCAUGCAGGCUGGGCCACGGGGCUCUUGUUCAGCUGUUCUCCCUUGAUGCCUUGCUGCAGAGUUGGAACCAAGCAUUUUGGUAGUCUGGAAAGGAUAGGACCCCACCUUGCCUAAAACCUCACCCAAUGGGACUUUAAUGACACCUCCUACAACGCGUGGCAGUUGGGACUGUGGAACUUCCGUUCUUUUCUGAAAUACUUUUCCUGCAUUGAUAGAUUUUUGUUUCUUUAAAAACCCAAACUUUUGUCCUUUAGGGGCUGGACAUUCUGUGUUGUGCUUUUGGAUAUAUAUAUAUAUAUAUAUAUAUAUAUAUAUAUUUCCUGAUUUUUGUAAUCCUGCUGUAAAGGCUUACCUGGGGUGAAAGAUACUGGAAAUGCAAA